AUGUUCCAGACUUCUCCACAGCCUUCUUCCUUCCGGACACCUCAUGAGGAUAGGACCUAUGUCAGCCGACUCGCUAAGAAGGCUGCGCGACUCAUCCACAGGAAACACCUUCCAGUACCUUCUGGCACUCCCCAGAAGACAUUGCUGGAGACGGCUCGGAGUUUGAAUCACCAACAGUCCGGUCGGGUAAAAAAGACUGAGGCCUGA